AUGGAGGCGUUGCGGCAUGAGGUGGGUGCAUGGUUCAGGCGCUCCAACGGCACUGACUGGCGCACACUGUCCACAGUCUCGGCGGGCUACCGCUCUGAGCUGCAGACACCCACGUUGCAGGGCCGGCCGAGCCCGUUGCUUGUUGAGCAGAGCCCACAGGCUACCGCACAGGCCAGAACGGCCCUCACCAACUCGUGGCAGAGCAGUCCACUUUGGGCUGCACCGGCCAUGAGCUCGCCGCCCACCGCCCAGAGUGCACCGUGCGCGCAGCGGGCGUGCGCGGGCGUGCCAUCCAGCUCCAAGAAGGGCGGCACAGGCAAAAGCCCAGCUCUUCCGACGGAUGUGAAGGAGAACAAGGACGAGAAGAAGAAGGACCGCCAACAUCCGGGGUGCUGCUGCUAA